AUGUCCAGAGGAAGUCUUCUAUAUGCUGCACACAUAGCCCUUCUCCUUCUCCUUGUUCCUUCUUCCUUCUGUUUCCAAACAUCCACCCUUUGUGGCAACAUCAACAUAACGUAUCCAUUUCAAUUAAAGGGAAGCCUUCAAAAUUGUGGCUACAACAAAUUUGAGCUAUAUUGUGGUAGGGAAAAUGUUACAGUAAUGUGCUUGUAUUCGGGAAGGUAUUACGUAAAGGCGAUCAAUUACAGUGACUGGACAAUCCGAGUUGUGGAUGCUGGUGUUCAGAAGAAAGACAACUACUUCUCCAACCCACUUUACUCUUUAACCUCCUACAACCUUAGUGAUCGUGGAGAUCCUUUUUCAUCUGUUUUUUAUAAUAGCGACAAAGAUAUUCAAGAACUCCGACUGUAUAGUCUAGCGAUACGUGAAGUGCCUAUAAUUUUUAUCAGCUGUGCAAAUCCAAUGCAUUCUCCUCGCCUUAUUGAUACAGCUCCAUGCAUCAACAAUUCUGCCAAUUCUUCUUUGUCCAGUACUUUAGGAAUGUUUUCUUAUGUCAUGAUUGGCAACAUAAGUUCAUUCGAUUUGGGGGAGUCCUGCAGAAUAACAAAAAUGGUUGUGGUGUCACCUUCAACAUCUACAGAUCUGCACCGGAACUUGUCCUGUGAAGGUAUAUAUAAUGAAAUAGCGAGCGGCUUUGAGCUCUCAUGGUUUAACGGUGCAUGUAACUUAUGUAGAAUGGGUAAGGAGAACUGCACGCUCGACGACGUGAGUAAAACCAAGUGCCCUCCAAUAAAAGGAAAAAUAUGGGAGAUACUGUUGGAGAUCUUAGAGGACAUAUACUAUACAGCAGCAUGGGUAUUCCAGUUGUAUUUCUUUGCGCUCACCAACAAGUGCAACAGUAAUGUCCCCCUUCCUUGGCUUCCAGUAAGCUGUGUAAUCUCUUACCUAGGAAUAUUGCACACAGUCUUAUAUGUGUUUGGCUUUCCCUGUGCAACUGCAUUAAUAAUAUACAAAUGGAGAAGGAGGCAUUUGUCAGUGCAUCACAAUAUAGAAGACUUUUUGCAGAACAAUGAGCUCGUGCCAGUAAGGUACUCCUACUCAAACAUAAAAAAGAUGGCCAAAGGUUUCAAGGAAAAAUUGGGUGAAGGAGGCUAUGGCUCGGUGUACAAGGCAAAGCUUCGUAGCGGUCGCCUGGUAGCCAUCAAGAUGUUGGGUAAGUCCAAAGCUAAUGGGCAAGACUUCAUCAAUGAAGUUGCUACCAUUGGAAGGAUUCACCAUGUCAACGUGGUGCGACUCAUUGGCUUCUGUGUUGAGGGUUCAAAGCGUGCUCUCGUAUACGACUUCAUGCCUAAUGGAUCUCUCGAUAAAUACUUAUUUUCUCAACAAGGAGUUAUCUCUUUGAAUUGUGAGAAAAUGUUUGAAAUUGCUCUUGGAGUGGCUCGUGGUAUUGAAUAUUUGCACAGAGGAUGUGACAUGCAAAUUCUGCACUUUGACAUCAAACCUCAUAACAUUCUUCUUGACGAGAAUUUUCUUCCCAAGGUGUCUGAUUUUGGAUUAGCAAGGCUAUGCCCGCUUGAUAAUAGCAUUGUAUCUUUGACAGCAGCAAGAGGAACUAUCGGAUACAUAGCACCAGAGUUAUUCUAUAAAAACAUUGGAGGUAUUUCAUACAAAGCUGAUGUCUAUAGUUUUGGAAUGCUGUUGAUGGAAAUGGCUGGUAGAAGAAAGAAUUUAAAUGCAACCAUAGAGAAGUCAAGCCAAAUAUACUUUCCAACAUGGGUUUUUGACCAAUUGAGUGAUGGAAAGGACAUAAAAGUUGAAGACGCCACAGAGGAGGAAGAGAAGAUCAUAAAGAAGAUGAUCAUUGUGGCAUUGUGGUGCAUACAAAUGAAGCCUAGUGACCGUCCUUCAAUGAAUAAAGCAAUCGAGAUGCUUGAAGGAGAAAUUGAGUGCCUUGAAAUGCCUCCAAAGCCUUUUUUGUAUCCACAACAAAUGCCAGAAGUGGCUCCUGGGGACAAUUCAAGUACCACAAGUGCAUCAACAGUAACAAAUUCUACAGAAAUCGUUUUGAUUGCUGAUGUGAAUCAAACAAUGUAA